GCCCCUCUGUCCACGCCGAGCAGCCCCCACGCGCCGGGCUGCUGUCUGGGGGCAGCGGCGGCAGCGGCGGCGGCGGCGGCGGCGGUGGGGGGAGCCGGCUGCAGGCCGAGAUGCUGCAGAUGGACCUGAUCGACGCGGCGGGGGACACUCCCGGCGCUGAGGACGACGAAGAGGAGGACGAGGAGGAGCGUGCGGCGCGGCGGCCGGCAGCGGACCCGCCUGAGGCGGAGCCCCACCAGGAGACGGCGCCCCGCGGCCAGGGUCAGGGCCAGGGCCCGGGCGGCGGGGACACGUACCGGCCCAAGCGGCCCACCACGCUCAACCUCUUCCCGCAGGUGCCGCGGUCUCAGGACACACUGAAUAAUAAUUCCCUGGGCAAGAAGCACAGUUGGCAGGAUCGGGUGUCGAGAUCCUCCUCACCGCUGAAGACAGGGGAGCAGACACCUCCACAUGAGCACAUCUGCCUGAGCGAUGAGCUGCCGCCCCCAAGCAGCCCCGCCCCCACCAAGGAUCGAGGCACCUCCACCGAGAGCCCUUGCCGCCGAAGCGCUGCCACCCAGAUGGCACCUCCCGGUGGCCCCCCUGCUGCCCCACCGGCUGGCCGGGGCCAUUCGCAUCGAGACCGCAUCCACUACCAGGCGGACGUGCGGCUGGAGGCCACCGAGGAGAUCUACCUGACACCAGUGCAGAGGCCCCCAGACCCUGCAGAGCCCAACUCCGCCUUCCUGCCGCCAGCUGAGAGCCGGAUGUCGGUCAGCUCCGACCCAGACCCUGCCGCUUACCCCACAACUGCAGGGCGGCCACACCCCUCCAUCAGCGAGGAGGACGAGGGCUUCGACUGCUUGUCGUCCCCCGAGCGGGCCGAGCUGCCAGGUGGAGGAUGGCGGGGGAGCCUGGGCGAGCCGCCGCCGCCUCCACGGGCCUCGUUGAGCUCGGACACCAGCGCCCUGUCCUACGACUCGGUCAAGUACACGCUGGUGGUGGAUGAGCACGCACAGCUGGAGCUGGUGAGCCUGCGGCCAUGCUUCGGCGACUACAGCGACGAGAGCGACUCGGCCACCGUCUACGACAACUGCGCCUCUGCCUCCUCCCCCUACGAGUCGGCCAUUGGGGAGGAGUACGAGGAGGCCCCCCGGCCUCGGCCCCCCGCCUGCCUCUCUGAGGACUCCACGCCCGACGAACCCGAUGUCCACUUCUCCAAGAAGUUCCUGAACGUCUUCAUGAGUGGCCGCUCUCGCUCCUCCAGUGCGGAGUCCUUCGGGCUCUUCUCCUGCGUCAUCAACGGGGAGGAGCAGGAACAGAGCCACCGGGCCGUGUUCCGGUUUGUGCCUCGACAUGAAGACGAACUUGAGCUGGAAGUGGAUGACCCUCUGCUGGUGGAGUUGCAGGCUGAGGACUACUGGUAUGAGGCCUACAACAUGCGCACGGGUGCCCGGGGCAUCUUUCCUGCCUACUAUGCCAUCGAGGUCACCAAGGAGCCUGAACAUAUGGCAGCCCUGACCAAAAACAGCGACUGGGUGGACCAGUUCCGGGUGAAGUUCCUGGGCUCAGUCCAGGUUCCCUAUCACAAGGGCAAUGAUGUCCUUUGUGCUGCUAUGCAAAAGAUUGCCACCACCCGCCGGCUCACCGUGCACUUUAACCCGCCCUCCAGCUGCGUCCUAGAGAUCAGCGUGCGGGGCGUGAAGAUAGGUGUCAAGGCUGACGACUCCCAGGAGGCCAAGGGGAAUAAAUGUAGCCACUUUUUCCAGUUAAAAAACAUCUCUUUCUGCGGAUACCAUCCAAAGAACAACAAGUAUUUUGGGUUCAUCACCAAGCACCCUGCUGACCACCGGUUUGCCUGCCAUGUCUUUGUGUCUGAAGAAUCCACCAAAGCCCUGGCAGAAUCCGUGGGGAGAGCGUUCCAGCAGUUCUACAAGCAGUUCGUGGAGUACACGUGUCCCACAGAAGAUAUCUACCUGGAGUAGAAGCGCUGCCUCGCCCUCUGCAUCCCCUGGGCCCUGGGGCCAGCGCCAGGACUGCUGGCUGCUGACAGGACAUGGCACUGCUUGAGGAGGGGCACCUGCCACUACCAGAGG